AUGACUACAGCAGAUGAAUACAAAGCAGAGGGAAACAAAUACUUUGCUGCAAAAGAAUUUCAAAAAGCAAUUGAUUCAUUCACAAAAGCAAUUGAAGCAUCAUCAGAACCCAAUCAUGUAUUAUAUUCAAAUAGAUCUGGUUCAUACGCUUCAUUGAAAGAUUGGCCACAAGCAUUGAAAGACGCGGAAAAGUGUGUCUCAUUGGAUCCUUCAUGGGCAAAAGGUUAUACUAGAUUGGCUGGGGCCCAAUUUGGAUUUGGAAAUUUUGAAGAUGCUGAAAAAGCUUAUAAGAAAUGUUUGGAAUUAGAUCCAUCAAAUGCUCAAGCAAAAAAAGGAUUAGAAUCAGUUGAAAAUGCUGUAAAAGCAAGGAAUUCAAAUGGUGAUGAUAUGGGAUUGGGAGCAAUGUUUAAUGAUCCAAAUCUUAUCACAAAGUUAAAAAAUAAUCCAAAAACUGCUGAAUUAAUGAAAGAUCCAGAUUUAGUUGCAAAAGUUUUACAAAUCCAAUCAAAUCCUAAAGGAAAUGCAACACAGUUAUUGACUGAUCCAAGAUUGAUGACAAUAAUUGCCACAUUAAUGGGAAUUGAUAUGGAUUUUCCAAGUGAAGAUCCAAGUGCUAACGCAAACACUUCAAAAGAAACAUCAAAAUCAACAGAACCUCCAAAAUCAGAAGCCACCGAAUCAAAAUCUGAAGAUACAUCAUCACAAUCUACCCCAUCAACAACUGAAAGCAAAAAAGAUGCGCCAAAACCACAAGAAGAACAAGAAGAUGAAGAUGUGGAAAUGCAAGAUGCAGUACCUUCCGAUAAGGAUGCGGCAGAUAAAGCUAAAGCUGAAGGAAAUACCUUAUACAAACAAAAAAAAUUUGAUGAAGCAAUUGCUCAAUACGACAAAGCAUGGGAAUCACAUAAAGACAUAACAUAUUUAAACAAUCGAGCAGCUGCAGAAUAUGAAAAGGGUGAUUAUGAUGCUGCUAUUAAAACAUGUGAAAAAGCUGUUGAAGAAGGUAGAGAUAUUAGAGCUGAUUACAAAUUAAUUGCAAAAUCAUUUGCAAGAUUAGGUUCGAUUUAUUUGAAAAAAGAUGAUUUAGAAAAUGCUGUAAAAUAUUUUGAUAAAUCAUUAACAGAACAUCGUACACCAGAUGUAUUAAGUAAAUUAAGAUCAACUCAAAGAGAAAUAAAAUUAAGAGAAGCUAAAGCUUAUAUAAAUCCAGAAAAAGCAGAAGAAGCUAGAUUAGAAGGUAAGGAAUAUUUCACAAAACAAGAUUGGCCAAAUGCAGUAAAAGCAUAUGGAGAAAUGAUUAAAAGAGCACCAGAUGAUGCUAGAGGUUAUUCCAAUAGAGCUGCUGCUUUAAUUAAAUUAUUAAGUUUUCCAGAUGCUGUAAGAGAUUGUGAUAUAGCUAUUGAAAAAGAUCCAGAUUUUAUAAGAGCAUAUAUUAGAAAAGCUAAUGCUCAAUUAUUAAUGAAAGAAUAUACUCAUUGUAUGGAAACUUUACAAGAAGCUCGUGAAAAAGAUCAAAAACUUGGAGGUAAAAGUAUUCAUGAAAUCGAUCAAAUUUAUAAUAAAGCAGCAAUGCAAAGAUUUCAAGCAAUUGAUGGAGAAACUCCAGAACAAACUAUGGAAAGAGUUAGUAAAGAUCCAGAAAUUGUUAAAAUUUUACAAGAUCCUGUAAUGCAAGGUAUAUUAUCUCAAGCUAGAGAAAACCCUCAAGCUUUACAAGAACAUAUGAAAAAUCCUGAAGUUGCUAAAAAGAUCAAUAUGUUAAUUUCAGCAGGUGUAAUUCGUACAAGAUAA